GCACGCCGGGAGCAGGUCUCCCCACAUGGCUGCCGAGGAAGCAACAGUCACAGUUCGCCUCAUCCGUUCAUUUGAGCAUCGAAAUUUCAAGCCUGUAGUGUAUCAUGGAGUUAAUUUGGACCAAACUGUGAAGGAAUUUAUAAUAUUUCUAAAGCAAGAUAUCCCUUUGAGAACCAGCUUGCCUCCGCCACUCAGAAAUUACAAAUAUGACACACUAAAGAUUCUUCAUCAAGCUCACAAAGCAAAGACAAAUGAGCUUGUGUUGGGUUUGGAGGAUGACGACACACUCCUGCUGAGGGAAGACAGAACGCUGAAGGACUCAGGAAUCGCCAGUGAAACCGAAAUUGCAUUCUUCUGCGAAGAAGAUUAUAAGAGAUACAAAGCUAAUCCCACCUCAUCCUGGUGAAGGUGCCCGGGGCACACCUUUACCUUUUUUAUUUCCACAAGUGAGUUUUUUU